CCCCCGCAGAACCGCCCCCUCUGCUCUCAGCCUGGAGUCUUUAAGAGAGAGCCCCACUUCCCUCCUGUCACAUCUGUUCCGAAGCCCAGUCUCACUCAUGGCCACAGGCAUGUUGAGGGGUCCAGCCCUGCUUCUCGUUUUCCUGGCUCCUGUCACUCAGGUGUCUUCCAACAUGGAAGGGGACAAGACGUCAGUCACAAUGAAGAUAGGAUCGUCUUUUGAAAUGACUUGUGAUCUUAAUACACAAAGUGUCAACUAUAUCCACUGGUAUAAAUUCGGGGACAGGACAGCUCCACGACGCCUAUUCUACUAUGAUGUCUACUACAAAAUGACUUCGUACGACUCAGGAAUCGAUCGAAAGAAAUCCCGUGCUUAUGAAGGAGCAGAGAAGAAAAAUAAACUGCUCAUCUCCAAUCUGGAAGACAGCGAUUCUGGCACGUACCUCUGUGCCAUCUGGGAGCAGCACGGUAGUUCAGACUUGCUUCGUGCUGCACUGGAAAUUUGUGAUAGCUCGGGCUGGAGGAAGACAUUUGGAAAAGGGACUGAGCUCAUAGUAGUUCCCCUUGCUAGCGACCUUGAUGCAGACGUUUCCCCCAAGCCCACUAUUUUCCUGCCUUCAAUUGCUGAAAUAAACCUCCAUCGGGCUGGAACGUAUCUUUGUCUUCUGGAGAACUUCUUCCCUGGUGUUAUUAAGGUUUCCUGGAAAGAAAAGAAUGACAACAGGAUUCUGCAGUCCCAGCAGGGAGACACCGUGAAGACCAGCAACACGUACAUGAAGCUGAGCUGGCUGACCGUGCCUGAAAAGUCCAUGGAUAAAGAACACAUAUGUGUCGUCAAACACGAGAAAAAUAAAAAAGGAAUUGAUCAACAGAUUCUUUUUCCUUCCAUUAAUCAAGUUGUCACUUUAGUUACUGCUACUCCAGAGCCGACAAAUGAUUGUUUGAAAGCUAAAAGCAAGGGCACUGCUGUUGAUUCUACAAAAGCUUGUCCAGAAGAUGACAGUGAAGCCGCUGUUGUUAAUUCUACAAAAGCCUGUCUGAAAGAUGAAAACAACACAGUGCGGCUGCAGCGCGAGAGCACGUCCGCCUACUACGCGUACCUCCUCCUGCUGCUCAAGAGCGGGCUCUACUUCUGCGUCGUCGCCUUCCUCCUGCUGCGGAGAACAGCCGUGUGCGGGCACGGGAAGGGCUCGUGACGGAGGGUGCCGGAGGGCCGGCUGUUCCUCACCGUCUGUUGUCUGAAAAAGACGUCUGCUGAGGACCUAGCGGGGCUUCCCUCCUGGGUUUGGGUCAUUGCAGAUAAUUUUUUUUUAAUUAUUGUGUAACGUUUUUUCAAACUGCUGGGCAAACAUAUUUUACUCUGUAACAAGGAAUUCUGCCAUUACUCGGGGUUGGGAGGGGGCGGGCAGAGGGCAGGCCCCCGGGAGCCUUUCCCGCCUCGUCCCCACGGGCUCUUCGGCUCCUCCGGCCGCACGAGCCCCCGCCCUGAGCGCCCUCCGCCCGCGCGGCCGCCCCGACCUUCCCCGGCGCACACCCCGCGCCCGCCAGCUUUGCCACUUCAGUUCUGUACUUCGUUCUUCAUAAUGGGCACAAGAAAUUAAAACAGAAAUCAAAAGCC